CGUGGCGCAGCAGGCCGACUGCACGGCAAAAUAUGUAGGCUAGAAGGACACAGAGGACGGCGCGACUCGGUGUAGGCGGGUAAAUGGGAAAUCUGAUGGGCAGUUUGCGCUACAAGGAGCCAAGAACUGUGGAGGAAUGCGACUCGACAUGGGAGUCAGACUCGGAAAGCGACGAGCAGCCGGGUGAUGAGGACAGCGGGAUAUCGGAGUGUGUCAACCGGUUUGAGACAGGGAGAUGCGGCGAACAGGCGAACAUGUCCCCGAAGCCCUCUGACUCUAAGUCCAGCACCAAGAUGAAGAGGAGUUUUUAUGCUGCAAAGGAUCUUUACAAAUAUCGCCACAGCUACCCGAACUACAAGGCACCCCGGCUACCUAAUGACUACCGCAACCUCCGCUUCUACCUGAACAAGAUCCCUCUAAUACCAGACGGUAUCUUCAUUGAGGAGAUCCUGACCAAAUGGAGAGGAAAUUAUGACAAACUGGAGCACAAUCACACCUACAUACAGUGGCUUUUCCCUCUGAGGGAGCAAGGGCUCAACUUCUAUGCUCAAGAACUCACUCAGGAGGAGAUCAAGGAAUUCCAAAGCACUCGGGAGGCCAAGCGGCGAUUUCUGCUGGCGUACACACUCAUGCUGGAUUUUUACGGGAUCAAACUCCUGGAUAAAAGUGGAAAUGUCGCCCGAGCUUCCAACUGGCAAGAACGCUUUCAGCACCUCAAUGAGUCCCAGCAUAACUAUCUGCGGAUCACACGCAUCCUCAAGUCUCUGGGUGAGCUGGGCUUUGAGGCCUUCAAGGCCCCCCUGGUGCGUCUCCUGCUGGAUGAGGCUCUGUGCCGGGGCACCCUGCCCAACAUGCUGCACAGCACCCUAGAGUAUUACGUCUACACCAUCCGCCUCCGCUCCCACCGCCGCAGCCUGCUCCGGUACGCCCGCCAGCACUACCAGCCGGCCAACACCUUCCUCUGGGGGCCCCCGGCCAGGAGGAGAGGAGCUGAGGCAGGGCCAGGAGGCAGGGUGGCAGAACCCACCCCAGAGAGGGAGAGGAGAGGAGGAGACCCCCAUAGGGCUUGUAGUCCACUUCCGAAGAAGGACUCAGUGGGAGGGGGGGGUGGGGGAGGAGAUGGGAAGGGAACCAAGGGCUAUACCGUCUCCACCAAAACCCUCCAGGAGGGGGUGAUGGAGAGGGGUAGGGGGGACAGGGGCAAGUACAUUGAGACUGUUCCACUGUAG